CUGGACGCCCCGCUCCCAUUGUGUGCGAGAUAGUAAACACUGACGCCGCCAGACGACCGUAACGCUCACACCGCUGCGGGGGGAAAAAAAGCCUAACGUUCGCCCUCGGUGACAUCCUAUCGUAAUGGCUCGUACCAAGCAAACUGCUCGUAAGUCCACUGGAGGAAAGGCUCCACGUAAGCAGCUGGCCACCAAGGCUGCCCGUAAGAGUGCCCCCUCCACCGGUGGUGUCAAGAAGCCCCAUCGUUACAGGCCCGGUACUGUGGCUUUGAGAGAGAUCCGUCGCUACCAGAAAUCUACUGAGCUGCUGAUCCGUAAGCUGCCCUUCCAGCGCCUGGUGAGAGAGAUCGCCCAGGACUUCAAGACUGACCUUCGUUUUCAGAGCGCUGCAAUUGGUGCCCUGCAGGAGGCCAGUGAGGCAUACCUGGUGGGUCUGUUUGAGGACACCAACCUGUGUGCCAUCCAUGCCAAGCGUGUCACCAUCAUGCCCAAAGACAUCCAGUUGGCACGUCGCAUUCGUGGCGAGCGUGCAUAGUCGCUCCAACCCUUUCCCUCCUAUGAGUUUCCACUUCAAUGUUUUCCUCUGUCCUUUAUUUUUUUUCUUCACCUCUCACUGAUCCUGCCCUUGUUCCUUCCUUUUACCCCACCUAUCCCAUCCCAGCCCCCUACCCCACCACCCCUUCCUCGGCCCGCCCUGCUGUCUUGGUAGACGUUAGAAUGAUUAUGCUUAUGAAGAGAUAGAAAUAUGUUGAAGUCUGGUCUCAUAGUUUUUGUCUUCACCAAAUGUUUUGGGGUACCUCUUUUGUGCAUGUAAUGGGUUUUGCUGAUCAGACACACAUGCAAACACAUGUAUGUACGCAAGUGUUUGACUAGUGCUUCAACAUGUUGAGCUCUCACAGUCCAACUCCGUGAUUGUGCUCUCCUGAACUGCCCAGUGAGCCAAAGCAGUGAGUGUGUCAUGUGAGUAUUAAGAGUGCGGUACCAGAGACACCCACCCACUGGCGGGUACACCGGAGGGCUGUGGCCCAGGGGCUAGUCUGCUUAAGGGGAGCAGCAACUUCCAUAGCAGGGUGCUACUAAAACUAGUCCCAAAGCCACAUCCCUGUCUGAAACCAUUCCUCCCCUCUCCUCUCCGUCCCUCGAAUCCUCAACUCCCAUCACGUUCUUCCCACAGCCAGAUAUUUCAUGGCUCACUAAACCUUUUGAGCCCAGUGCCCUCACCUCAACAUCUGCAGUGGGCCGGAAGGUUGUCUCCGAAACACCAUUAGAGUGUUUGUGUGUGUAAGCUCUGAUCUGCCAAACCAAUUGUAUUCAACAACAAACAAGUACCUGUUAGUUGCUUAAAAAUAUUGAUUAUUGUUGUGGAUAUAGUGUCUUUUUUUCUUUCUUUUUUUACCUAAGUCACAUAUACAUCAUAUAUAUGAACAUCUCUUUAUACCACUUCCAGGAUAAUCACAAUAAGAAAAAACUUACUGGUGUUGAAAAUAUGGUUGACACGAUUGUUUCGUUUUUCCUUUUUUUUUUUUAAGAAAAUCAAAACGGUGCUUCUGUUUCGCUGAGAUAGCACAUGUUCUUAAUGGCAGCCACAAGGGGGCAAUGAUGUACCAGCUUCACCCCUUUCAGUUUCCCACUCUUCCAUAUAAUGCUAUUCUGUCCCUUUUAUCUUUUUUUUUUGUUGUUGUCUUUUUGAAUAGGCAUUAGAUUUGUCACAACAGUGUGAAUUAAGGUAUACUCUGCAUGUUUAGAUUCUGUCUCUUCCCUAUGUAGACCGAACUGUAGAAUCUGUCCAUUUCUCAACAUGUGUGGUACACACUAUAACCUCAUUUGUUUUCUUUUAUAUUUUUUCUUAUUCAAGAUUUUCAGAACGUAUAAAUAAGCUGAUCUUUGUAUUUUCCAAAUUUCUCAUAUUAUGCUGGUAAUAAAUAGGUGUUACAAAAAGAA